UGUGCGUGGCAAGUCCUUCUCACUCUGAGUUGCUGAUUUCUAUGAGGAAGUUCUCAGCUCUGUUUCCUUUCUCUCUGCACCAUUAAAACAGGAAGCUGAGUGAGCAGCAGCUGCUACAGAGAGACAGCUCUGAGAUCUCUACAUAAUUGCCGGAGGGUGAUUAUUGUGAUUGUAAAUUCAUAUUUGUUUUUAUUUUAUUUGGGGGGGCAGGGUUCUGCCCCAUGAAUCGAGACAUGGACCAGUGCUGGUAUCAUGGAACCAUAACCCGUUCAAGAGCUGAGGACCUGCUUUCUAAAGUAGGCAAGGAUGGCAGCUUCCUUGUGCGGGCCAGUGAAUCUAUCCCCUCAGCAUACGCCCUCUGUUUGCUGUAUCGGAACUGUGUCUAUACCUACCGGAUUCUACCAAAUAAAGAGAAUAAAUUAGUCAUCCAGGCAUCUGAGGGUGUUCCAGUACAGUAUUUCAACAACUUGGAAGAACUGAUAGAGUUUUACAAGAAAGAAAAUAUGGGGCUAGUCCGGAGUCUUAAAUUCCCGGUCCAGCAGGAAGAUGACGAGAUGACAGAUGAACUGGAGGAGGAUAUGGAUCCUGUGCCCCCAGUGGUACCUCCCCGAUUUUCAGUGCCAUCUCAGGCAACUGAGACAACAGAAAGUUCCUCAAAAGAAGAAGUCCAUAUGACAGAAGUGAGCAAACCAUCCCUUUCUGAGGCAUUGCUUCAGCAGUUGCAGCUGCAAGAUACCAGCAGUAUUCCAGAAGAGCACCUCAAACUCAUCCAGGAUUAUUUGCGAGUUCAUAUCACCAGUGAUCUUGAAUCAGUACAGCAAGGAUCCUGGAAUCUUCCUCAGCUAAAGAAACUACUUGCAGCACUCUGCAAGGGUCUCUUCAGUGAGGUGUCCCGGACGCUUCCUUCUCUAGAGUCCAUUCAAAUUGUGUUUGACCAGCAGGUGCUGGGCCAUCGACCUUCUCAGUCGUCUUGUGAGGCCAGCCGUGGAAAACUGCUCCAGCUGACAAAUUUGCUUGGUUCUAUUGAAGACAAGGCCAAGAAAUUGUUGAUUGAGGGGCUGGACUCAACACAUCGGCGUUCACUUAUUCCUCCUGUAACCUUUGAGGUGAAAGCAGACUGUCUUGGGAUUUCUUCCAAGUUACAUCUUAAAGUUGAUGUUGAAAUGGGAAAACUUAUUAUCAAAAAAGCUAAGGAUGGUCCAGAAGACAAAUUCUAUACCCACAAGAAAAUCCUACAGCUCAUUAAGUCUCAGAAGUUCCCUAACAAGCUGGUGAUUGUCCUGGAAACAGAAAAAGAGAAAACACAGAGAAAAGAAUAUGUAUUUGCUGACUCAAAGAAAAGAGAAGGCUUCUGCCAACUUCUCCAGCAAAUGAAGAAUAAGCAUUCUGAACAGCCAGAGCCUGACAUGAUCACCAUCUUUAUAGGCACUUGGAACAUGGGUGAUGCUCCUCCACCAAAGAAGAUCAGCUCCUGGUUCCUUUCAAAGGGUCAAGGGAAAACCCGUGACGACACAGCAGAUUAUAUUCCACAUGAUAUCUAUGUGAUUGGCACACAAGAGGAUUCGUUGGGAGAAAAAGAAUGGCAAGACAUUCUGAGACAAUCCUUGCAACAGAUUACCAGUAUUAGUUUCAAAGUGAUAGCGAUUCACACCCUCUGGAACAUCAGGAUUGUUGUUCUGGCCAAGCCAGAGCAUGAAAAUCGCAUAAGCCACCUCUGCAUUGACAAUGUGAAGACAGGAAUUGCAAACAGACUUGGUAACAAAGGAGCAGUUGGGGUGUCAUUCAUGUUUAAUGGAACCUCCUUUGGUUUUGUCAACAGUCAUUUGACUUCAGGAAGUGAAAAAAAGCACAGGCGGAAUCAAAACUACACAAGUAUCCUACGCUUUCUCUCACUGGGAGACAAGAAGUUGCAUCCAUUUAAUAUCACCCAUCGCUUCACUCAUCUCUUCUGGCUUGGAGAUCUGAAUUAUCGUUUAGAGUUGCCCCCAGUGGAAGCAGAGAAUAUCGUCCAGAAGAUCAAACAGCAACAGUACUUGGAACUGCUAAAUUUUGACCAGCUCCUCAUAGAAAGGAAGGAUCAAAAGGUUUUUCUGCAAUUUGAGGAGGAAGAAAUAACAUUUGCCCCAACCUAUCGCUUUGAAAGGAACACCCGGGAGAACUAUGUUUACACCAAGCAGAAAGCAACUGGGAUGAAGUACAAUUUGCCAUCCUGGUGUGAUCGGGUGCUUUGGAAAUCAUAUCCUCUGGUCCAUGUGGUGUGUCAGUCUUAUGGGUGCACCACUGAUAUCAUGACAAGUGACCACAGUCCUGUCUUUGCUACAUUUGAGGUUGCUGUUACCUCUCAGUUUGUCUCAAAGAAUGAUGAUAAAUGCACCGACUGUUUGGGACAGAUUGAAUUCCUCCGCUGCAGUGCCAUCCUGAAGACAAAAUCUCAGACAAAAUUCUACAUUGAGUUCUACUCCAGCUGCCUAGAAAGCUUUGUAAAAAGCAAGGAGGGAGAAAAUGAGGAAGGAAGUGAAGGGGAACUGGUGGUAAAGUUUGUUGAAGGCCUUCCUAAGCUUACUCCAAUUAUUUCAGAUCCAGAGUACUUACUGGACCAACACAUUCUGAUCAGCAUUAAGUCAUCUGACAGUGAUGAAUCUUAUGGUGAAGGCUGCAUUGCCCUUCGAAGUGGAGCAGCAGAAUCUCAAGUCCCUAUCCAGACUGUACUAACACACCAUGGGGAAAAGACGGGAAUCUUUCAAGGUGAAUUCAAAUUACAAACAUCCCAAGGAAAACAAAGAGAAAAACUAUAUGACUUUGUGAAAACUGAGCGAGAUGAAACUGCUGUGCAGAAACCUAUGAGAGGCAUGAGCUGUACAGAUUAUGCCAAAGAGUGGGAGCAAGUAAAUAGGGGCAUUUCUUCCAACAGGAAAUCUCACUUGGUGGCCAAGGAAGCAGCAGCCAUUGCUCGCCACCGAGGAACAUUGUCUUUAGAUGAGCCGUGCAAAGACGAUCUUCUGCGCAGUUCAAUGGCCACAGACUUCAGCAAUCUCAGCUACUCACGGUUGGCUGCUGCCACCCAGCAACUGUCUGGAACAAAUCAGCUGAAGCAAAUCCCUUCACCAGACCAAAUCCCUGCCUCCUGGAACUAUGACAACACUCCUCUAAUGGGAGUAGAAUCUCCUAACACACCUUCAAAUCUGUCACCUGGCUCCCCAAGAGCACCAACGCAGACUAUAACUAACCGCAAGGAGCAGCUAUAUGGAGAAGUGAGGAAAAGCAUGAUAGAACCACUGCUCCAAGAAGACAUGUACACAAAACUAGAAAUGAUUGACAACCCACUGUAUGACUUCACAAAAUCCAAAGACAAGAUACCAUCUAGGAGGGAGCAGGAACUCUUCAAGAUGGCACGGAAAGAGCUCCCACCUAUGCCUGAGCAGAGCUUCCCUAUCGCCAAGUUACAGGAGGGAGACAGCAGCAAAUCUUCGUUAAAGCAACAGUCCUCCCCACCCUUCCUCGGCCCCUCAUCUAGAUUUCGUUCUUAUACCUGUUCCAACCAAUCUGAGGAAAAGACUCAUAACAGGCAGAAAUCCUGUGCCAACUUAGAUCCCCAAGUGCCAUUAUUCAAAAAGCCUGUCAAAUUCUCGAGAUCUGAAGCUGGGCACAGCAAACCUCCUGUUCCAUCAAAAAGCCAAGUAGUGCUUGACAUGCAGAGCACCAAGGGACGAGAUUAUCGGGAGAGUUCAGAACUUCCACACCACAGAAAGCACCAGAGUGAAGACGGGAGUGUCAGUAGGACAACUGUGCCGUGAAUAGAAAUACCACGGAUUAGAUCCUUGGAAGAGUCUUGAAGGGAAUCAACAUGGACAUUUCCCAGGUUUCAUGUUAAUAUCCUUGUGUCUGGUGCAGAGAGCUAUGAAUUUGUUAAUGUUAUAAAAAAAGAGGGAAUCUCCAUAUAUGAAUAUGUAUCUUCUGAAAUAUAAUGCAAGACUAAUUUAAACCAGCAUUCAGCGAGACAUCAGAGAUCAAAAGCUGUACAGAUUAAAAAAGCAUAAAUCAUUUAAUGCUUUUUUUUUUUGGAAGAUGCACAAGUUGUAAUUGUUGUCCUUUAACAGGAACACAGCAAGAACAUGAAAGAAAAUGUAUCCUUUGGGAACAAGGUCUAUUAGUAAUGGAUUUUCUGCAUUUAUGAAAAUGUGUUCUUUGAGGCCAAGGUCUAUGCUACCAGGUUUUCCUUUCCAAUUAGUUUUAUAUUUUCCUAACUGAUAACACAAUGGAUUCAUGCACUCAAGGCAUUUGUUUUCCAAUAAGUGAACUUAUGUGCCAGUACUUUUUCCACUGACUGCAUGAAACAAGCUAUUCUGGUGUCAACUAUGAGAACAUGAGACAAAUAACCUUACUUUUGGGGUGGGGUAGGUGUACACCUUGAAACAUCAGUGGCUAAUUUUUGUUUUGCAUUGUACAGCUUUGUACUGGUCUCAUCUCUACCCAUAAAGAUAGUUAUGUCGAGUUGUGGAAUUUAUGGAUAUGUCUUCUAGAUUGAUAUUUCCAUUCAGCAUUUCAGCACCUUUUCUGAAGCUCAUCACCAGCACUAUGCCAACCAACAGCUCAUCUUCCCUUUCUUUCUUCUACCACCUUUCUUCUAUAUGAGGUACAAUACUGAGAAGCAGCAAUAGGAACACAUCCUCUUUCCAUGUAUUUUGUGAUCCCCACCACAUUCAUAACUCUGUGUAUUAGAAUCCUUCUUUUACCACUAGAUUUGUGCUAAGGUACUAAGUGGGUAGCAGUAAUAGUAAUGUUAUGGCAUACAACCCAAAACUGCUGAUCAACCACUAUAGCACAAAACCAUUUUUAAAGGAAGGUCUGUAAUGCAAUGAAAUAUGUAGACAGAUCUGGAGGGCAGUGUGACAUAGUGAAAGGGCAAGUGGACAGUUACUAAAACAGGAGGAAGAGCGUGAAGAGGGCAGAGUUAAGGUGAAGAACAAUGGCAAAUAGGAGGAUUCACUAAGGGAUAGGGCAAGUUCUCAGAAACCAGUUGCAAAAUAUGAGUGGACUGGAGGUAUCAGUAUAUCCCAGUAUGUCCAGAAAAUCUAAUAAAAAUGAUCCUCCCAUAACUGGAUGUAAAUAUUAGGAUGUUCCAUUUUAAAAUGCUAAACAUAAUGAGAAGCAGCAUAAAACCAGGAAUAACUUGGAAAACUACCGAUGUGUGGAUGAGCCCUGUGGGACUGAGGGGAGACACUCAAGUACAAAACAUUUCCUAAGUGCAAAGGCAAGGAAGGUUAGAUUAGAGUAACCACUAGAUAUUUGUCACUCUAGCUGGUUAAAUGUCAAUUUAUUUGUAAAGCAGAACGUCGUAUAGGAUGUUUUAGUGGCAUUUUUCUUAGAUUCAUGCUGACUUCAUUGUACAUGAGAUCAGAUAUGUUAAGCUUUGCUUUGUUUUAGGUGACUUUGUCACUUUUAUCCACAACUUUGUGAUAAAACUGCAGUUUAUAAUGUCAUCUUCUCUGUUCUUCCAUGUUUGUUAUUAAAAUUUUAAAAAAGCAUUAAUUCUUUAUAAAACACAAAAACAAAUGUU